CAUGGAAAAUAUCAAUUUUGGGUGUAGUGGAUUACAACAACUCAAAACUCAAAGCUCACCUGGUUAAGACACAUAUAGGGUAGUUUUUUCAUCAGCAAGGUAUGGGUAGUAUAAUAUGAAAGAGAUGCUCCGUUAUACCCAUCAAGAAUUCUAUAUAUAGCAAGUGAUCAGUCAAGUCUUCUCUCUUCUUCUUGACCCAUAACACACUUCACCUACCAAACCAGUAGUAAUUUCCAUUAUUGCCUGUUCAUAUCUCACUUAUCAUUCAAGGGUUUGUGAAUUUGAAUGAUUUCAGUUUCUUGAUUGAUUUGGGGCGAAAAUGGAAAGAUAUGAACUUGUUAAAGAAAUCGGGUCGGGUAAUUUUGGGGUAGCCAAGCUUGUUAGGGACAAGAUGACAAGAGAGCUGUUUGCUGUCAAGUUUAUCGAAAGGGGCCAAAAGAUUGAUGAACAUGUACAGAGGGAAAUUAUGAAUCACAGAUCUUUGAGGCAUCCAAAUAUUAUCAGAUUUAAAGAGGUCUUGCUAACACAAACUCAUCUAGCGAUAGUCAUGGAGUAUGCAGCUGGAGGAGAGCUUUUUGAGAGAAUAUGCAAUGCGGGUAAAUUCAGUGAAAAUGAGGCAAGAUUUUUCUUUCAACAACUUAUAUCAGGAGUUAGCUAUUGUCAUUCAAUGGAAGUUUGUCACAGAGAUCUUAAGCUUGAAAACACACUGUUAGAUGGAAGUGCAGCUCCUCGUGUUAAAAUAUGUGAUUUUGGGUACUCAAAGUCAUCGGUUCUUCAUUCUCAACCAAAGUCAGCAGUUGGGACACCUGCUUACAUUGCACCCGAAGUUCUUUCAAGAAAAGAAUAUGAUGGAAAGCUUGCAGAUGUUUGGUCAUGUGGGGUCACUUUAUAUGUCAUGUUAGUUGGAGCAUAUCCAUUUGGAGAUCCAGAUGACCCAAGAAACUUCCGAACAACUGUUUGUAGGAUACUUAGUGUCCAAUAUGCAAUCCCGGAUACGGUUGAAAUUUCAUUGGAAUGCAAACAUCUUCUUUAUAGGAUAUUUGUUGCAAAUCCUGAGAAGAGAAUAACAAUUCCAGAAAUCCAAAUGCAUCCAUGGUUCUUGAAGAACUUGCCAACAGAUUUGAUGAUUGGAGGAAGCUCUCACAAUGGGAAUUCAAGUGACACCUAUCAAAGUGUUGAUGAAAUACUUUCUAUAAUACAAGAGGCAAGAACUCAUCCUGGGAUGCUUAGUGAUGGAUCACCACAGCUUCUUGGUGAUAGUAUGGACUUUGAUGACUUGGAUGAUUCAGAUAUCGAAGAUAUAGACAUAAGUGAUGAUUAUGGUUGCUCAUUGUGAAAAGGAUAACAACAAAUGGAGACCAUUAUUAGAGUAUAACUUGUGAGUUCUUAUGUGAACUUGUAUGUUGUAAUAAGAUCAUAAUAGCCAUCUUUCACAUGCUCGAUUGAACAUCUUGUAAGCAAAUGCAACGACCAAAAAUGCAUGUAUAAUAGUAUAUGAUAUAUAUAUCAAGCCAAUAAGAUCA